AUCUACCGCUGGACUCGCUUCUCCCCAGACCCCGGAGAUGCGGGUCAUGGGGCCGAGAACCCUCCUGCUGCUGCUGCAGGGGGCGCUGGUCCUGACCGAGACCUGGGCGGGCUCCCACUCCCUGAGAUAUUUCUACACCGCCGUGUCCCGGCCCGGCCGCGGGGAGCCCCGCUUCAUCGCCGUCGGCUACGUGGACGACACAGAGUUCGUGCGGCUCGACAGCGACGCCCCGGAUCCGAGGAUGGAGCCGCGGGGGCGGUGGGGGCAGGAGGGGCCCGAGUAUUGGGAUCUGAGCACGCGUAGAACCGAGGACGCCGCACCGACUUUCUGAAAGAAUCUGAACACCCUGCGCGGCUACUACAACCGGAGCGAGGCCGAGACUCACACCCUCCAGGAGAUGUACGGCUGCGACGUGGAGCCGGACGGGCGUCUCCUCCGCGGGUACAGUCAGUACGGCUACGAGGGCAGAGAUUACAUCGCCCUGAACGAGGACCUGCGCUCCUGGACCGCGGCGGACACGGCGGCUCAGAUCACCAAAGGCAAGUUUGAGCAGCGCGGUGCUGCGGAGCCUGUGUGCAACUACCUGAACGGCGAGUGCGUGGAGGGGCUCCGCAGGUACCUGGAGAAGGGAAAGGACAAGCUGCUGCGCGCAGAGCCUCCAAAGACCCAUGUGGCCCAUCACCCCAUCUCUGAGCGUGAGGUCACCCUGGGGUGCUGGGCCCUGGGCUUCUACCCUGAGGAGAUCUCACUGACAUGGCAGCGUGACGAAGACCAGAUCCAGGACAUGGAGCUUGUGGAGACCAGGCCUUCAGGAGAUGGAACCUUCCAUAAGUGGGUGGCCCUAAUGGUGCCUUCUGGAGAGGAGCAGAGAUGCACGUGCCCUGUGCAGCAUGAGGGGCUUCAGGAGCCCCUCACCCUGAGAUGGGAACCUCCUCAGACCUUCUUCCUCACCGUGGGGAUCAUUGUUGGCCUGGUUCUCCUCAUGGUGGCUGGAGCUGGGAUCUGGAGGAAGAAGUGCUCAGGUGAAAAAGGAGAGAGCUACACUCAGGCUGCAAGCAGUGAACUUUCAUCAGACCAGAGCUUUGAUGUAUGACCAGAGCUCUGAUGUGUGACCAGAGCUUUCAUGGAUGCUAAAGUGUGAAACACCUCCCUUGUGGGGACUGAGUGAGGCAAGAUUCCAUAUCCCACCCCUGCAUUAUGACUUGAAGAUCUGACUUCUUUUUCUGCAGAACUCAUCUGAAUGUGUUUGUGCUGCUGUUAGCAUAAUGUAAAGAAGUGGUGAGCCUGGCCCCCCUCCGUCCACCACGACCCCUCCGCACCCUGGACUGUUUUCUCUGAUGAUCCUUCCUGAUCCAACAGAAGCUGGACUGGGCUGUCUCCGUCUUUGGCUUAACUUCUUUUCCUUUUUCAUAUCUUAUUGAAAAUCAGGAUCCAAACUACAUAUUUCCCCCUAUAGGUCCUCAUCAAUCUUGUCCCCUAGUGUUUGUCUAUGUGGGUCUGUUUUGUAAAACUUUACAAAUGUUUGUACAGUUUUAUUAUGUCUAAAUGUCUUUCGUGAUAUUAAAUUAAAU